AUUCUGGUUAUUGUCAUGGGAGUAUCCUUCGGGAUCCACGAUUAUAUUGAAGGGGGUGUCGUCACCGCCGUUAUCCUACUCAAUAUCGUCGUAGGGUUCGUGCAAGACUACCGUGCCGAGAAGGAUAUUCUCUCAUUACAACGGUUAUCUGCACCAAUAUGCAAGGUACUGCGGGAUGGCCGGGUUGCCUCUGUCAAGGCUGAAUCACUUGUGAUCGGAGAUAUCGUCCAACUGGCUGUUGGUGACAUCGUCCCGGCGGACAUGAGACUGUUCGAAGGCAUGAAUACAUCGGUGGAUGAGGCACUUUUGACUGGGGAAUCCUUACCCGUAGCAAAAACGCCGCAGAUUACUCUCCUUUCCCGCGAUAUACCCAUUGGAGAUAGAACCAACAUGGCCUACUCUGGCUGUAGCACAACACAGGGUCGCGCAACUGGAAUUGUCACUGCGACGGGAAUGAUGACGGAGGUUGGAAAGAUCGCUCAGUUACUUCAAGAUAAAGCUGAACACGAUGGCUCUAACCUACUUGUCCGCAUAUUUCGUCGCUUAGUUGCCUCUGUAAAGGGAAUCCUUGGCCUUGUUGGAACUCCCUUGCAAGUCAAGCUGAGCAAGUUUGCAUUACUCCUCUUUGCGCUGGCCGUACUCCUUGCCAUCAUUGUUUUCUCCGUGAGUAAAUGGGACAUCCAGGGCGAAGUCCUAAUCUAUGGGAUAUGUGUCGCAGUUGCUGUGGUUCCCGAGUCAUUGAUUGCGGUGCUCACGAUUACCGUCGCCGUUGGUACGAAGGCGAUGGCGAGGGGCAAUGUGAUUGUCAGAAAGCUACAAUGUCUCGAGGCUGUCGGGGGAGUCACAAAUAUCUGCUCAGACAAAACCGGUACGCUCACGCAGGGCAAGAUGGUUGCGCGUACUGCUUGGAUUCCAGAUACUGGGACUUUGACUGUCCACGACACUACAAAUCCAUUCGACCCUACAAGUGGACUUAUUCGACUAGACGGCAAAGACACUGACCCGAACGACAUUCAAGAUAAUACCUCGAACACAUUUAUUACCGCUCUCUCCCUGUGCAAUCUAUCCGUUGUCCACAAUAAUGCGCAGUCUAAUUCCUCAGACAAGGUGCCCACCCAGGUGGCCGAGGGAGAGUGGACUGCUGUCGGCGAGCCUACUGAAAUCGCUCUGCGAGUGUUCUCUAUGCGGUUUGGGUUUGAAAAGUCCGACAUCAUCAAUGCCAGGGAUCUUCACCUUCACACUGAAUACCCUUUCGACUCAUCAGUCAAGAAGAUGACAGUGGUAUAUACCAACCGGAAAACAAAAUUCAAUGAAACAUACUCCAAGGGUGCACCGGAGGCACUCAUCACUAGUCUUGACAUUAGUGAUCAAGAGAAGGAAAUCAUCCAAGAAACAGCCGAGAGAAUGGCCGGAGAAGGUCUCCGGGUGCUCUGCAUAGCAUACAAGAACUCGCCUGUCAACGACGAAUCGCAAGUGUCUCCGCGCAACAACGCUGAAUCCAAUCUGAAGUUUGGCGGCCUCGUAGGCUUGUACGAUCCGCCGCGCCUUGAAACAGCAGAAGCCGUUCGAAAGUGUCAAAUGGCUGGAAUCACAGUCCACAUGCUUACAGGCGACCACAUCCGAACAGCGACAGCGAUUGCAUCGGAAGUAGGAAUUCUCGAUCCUAUAAUCAACGCGAAGUACAGUCGCCUAGUAAUGGCAGCAAAGGAGUUUGAUCGCUUGUCGGAUGCCGAUAUAGAUACAAUUGAGCAGCUGCCCUUGGUUAUCGCACGCUGCAGCCCUACUACGAAAGUUCGAAUGGUGGAGGCAAUGCAUCGGCGGGGAGCGUUUUGUGUCAUGACAGGUGACGGGGUCAAUGACUCGCCUGCGCUGAAGCGCGCUGACGUAGGAAUUGCCAUGGGUAAGAACGGUAGCGACGUCGCGAAGGAAGCGUCAGACAUGGUUUUAACAGAUGACAAUUUCGCAUCGAUAGUGAAAGCCGUUGAAGAAGGGCGGAGGCUGUUUGACAACAUUCAGAAGUUCUUGAUGCAUUUAUUGAUAUCGAAUAUUGCGCAGGUGAUCCUUCUUCUGAUUGCCCUUGCAUUCAAGGAUGAGGAGGGCAAUUCCAUAUUUCCAUUAUCGCCCUUGGAAAUUCUCUGGGCCAACUUGGUGACAUCUUCCUUCCUUGCUCUCGGGCUAGGUUUAGAAGAGGGUCAGCCAGAUAUCAUGUACCGCCCGCCGCAUGAUUUGAAGGUGGGUGUCUUCACACGCGAACUCAUCACAGACAAGAUGGUCUACGGUACCUUCAUGGGCUGUCUCUGUCUCGUUGCCUUUGUGAGUGUCAUCUACGGCGAAGGCUCGGGUACUGCGAGCAUGGGACACGACUGCAAUGAGGGAUGGAACAGCAGCUGUGGAACGGUCUUUCAAGCCCGAGCUACGACCUAUGCAACGCUCACCUUCCUCCUACUCGUUACUGCAUGGGAAGUUAAGCAUUUCUCGCGAUCACUUUUCAACCUCGAUCCGGACCAGUAUCCCGGUAAACUGUCGGUCUUCAACUCGAUCUGGAAGAACCAGUUUCUCUUCUGGGCCGUAGUCGCAGGCUUCGUGAUCGCCUUUCCGGUAAUCUACCUGCCCGAGGUGAACCGCGUCGUCUUUAAGCACCAGGGAAUCACCUGGCAUUGGGGAGUGGUGUUUGGAUGCGUGGUGGUUUACCUGGCGCUGGUGGAGAGCUGGAAAGCGGCGAAGCGGCGCUUUGGCAUUGGGACGGGGAGGAAUGCAACGUUGACCAAGGAGGAUGCUGAAAUGAGAGCUGGGUUGAGUGUUCUGUCGCCAAUCUCGCUGAGUGCCAACGCCAGCGUGGAGGCAAGCAUGAAUGCCAGUGUAGUGACGGAGCCGAAGAAGUAGCGGACUUGAGAUCCGUUUGGUGACAUGUUCAACCAUGCAGGACACUGAGACUGAUUCAACACGGUCCAGUCUUUAGCUUUUUGUGUUGUGUUUGAGACCGACCCUUGUCAUUCGCUAGAUUCGUACUCAAUGUGAAGCCAUUCCUACUCUGGGCCGUGUGCAACACAGCAGAUAAGCCAGGCUUAC